CGGGAUGAGCCUACCAACAGCGAGGCCGCUGUGUAAACGGACAAAAAUGAGCUUUCCAAGGGGCAACUGCUAUCGCAUGUGUUAAAAAUGGUCGGUUGGUGCCAAAGGAGCCCAGCUCGAGGAGCCCUGGGGAAGUGGCGGGCAGCCACCCCGCGGGCGACAGGAGAGCGACCCCUGCUCAGGCGCCUCCCCGCAGCUCUGCGGGCGGCCCCGCCCCCGGCCGCUCGCCCCGCCCCGGAUAUCCGGCCUGGCCCCGCCUCUCGGCCGGCAGGCAAUAUGGCGCUGCGCGAGGCGGCGAGCGGCGGUUGCUCUCUGCACUGGCCGCGGGUGUUGCUCUUCGGAGACUCCAUCACCCAGUUUUCUUUCCAGCAGGGUGGAUGGGGAGCAUCACUGGCUGACAGGCUGGUCAGAAAAUGUGAUGUUCUGAAUCGUGGAUUUUCAGGUUACAAUACCAGAUGGGCCAAAAUCAUCCUUCCAAGAAUAAUCAGGAAAGGGAACAGUCUGGACAGCCCAGUAGCAGUUACAAUUUUCUUUGGUGCCAAUGACAGCGCGCUGAAAGACGAGAACCCCAAGCAGCACAUCCCGCUGGCCGAGUACGCGGCCAACUUGAAGAGCAUGGUGUGGUACCUGCAGCGGGCCGGCGUCCCCGGCAGCCGCGUCGUCCUCAUCACGCCGCCCCCGCUCUGGGAGGCCGCCUGGGAGCAGGAGUGCCUCCUGCAAGGCUGCAGAUUAAAUCGUCUGAACUCGGUUGUUGGCGAGUACGCGGGCGCCUGCUCACAGGUAGCCCAAGACUGUGGGGUCGAUGUGCUCGACCUGUGGACCCUGAUGCAGAAGGACACUCAGGACUUCUCCUCCUACCUGUCAGAUGGGCUGCACUUGUCACCGAAGGGAAAUGAGUUUUUAUUCUCCCACCUUUGGCCCCUGAUAGAGAAGAAAGUCUCCUCCUUGCCUUUGCUGCUCCCGUACUGGCGAGACGUAGCAGAAGCCAAACCGGAACUAAGUCUUCUGGGAGACGGGGACCACUAGCCACCGAAAACCCCGUCUGGCCAUUAACUACGUGACAAAGAUCCCAAGAUAAAUGAGCAGACCUUUGCUCAUGACCUUGGAAUAAAAACCACUGAACCUCUGCCACCAAGAUUAAUAAAAACGUUAGAAUUUGUAGGGAA